AUGCUCCCUUCAAAAUCUAUAACUUACGGAAAUAAAGGCUCAUUCAGAAAAACGAUUUUUCAAGCUGCAGCUAUAAGCACAUACUCCAAAGAAGACGCCUAUGAAAAAAUGAACUCUUUUAAAAGUAUUGGGACUGGCUGCAUAUGGGCAGGAAUUAUAUAUAGAGUUAAAGAAUCAGAAGAUUUUUAUGAAGAAAUCAAAGGUGUAGGACAAAAGCUAUUAUCCUUGGCUAGCAAAAUGGGAAUUUCUGAUAUUGUGCUAGGUGUAAGAAUUUGAGAAAAAGGAGAAAUUUCUAGCUAUGACCUUGCCAGGAUGGUUUUAGAAAGAGCUAAAGAGCUAAUUGACUAUAUUUUUUCUCUGCCUGAGCCAAUUGUUCCUCCCCCUCCAAAUCCACCUUCUGUACAUAUAAAAACCCCUUCUCCUUCACCAUCGCCUUAUCCUUCUACUAUUAGUAGAGCCCCAACCCCAAGGCAGCCCAAAAAAAUUGAAUCCGAGCUUGACCGAGCUUUAAAACGGCUUUAUAAGAUUGUGGAUGAAAUACAAGAGACUGAUAUGGCAACUAUGAAAGAAUUAGUGAAUCAUUCACAUAUUGGGAAAGUUUUAUGCUUAAUUUAUUAAUAUUGGCACUUUUUUAUUAGGAAUUCUCAUUAACCAUAUUUAUUUUUUUAUGAUAUAUUUGGUCUUCACAGCUUGAUAGAAAAAGAUCCAAGCUUAAAAAGAUCAGUUAAAUUUUUUGAAUUAAAAGACGUUAAAAAACUCAUGCAUAGACUAGACCCUACUACAAUUUCAAAUUUCAAGCUAAAUCAAACAAUUUUCGCGCUAAAAUCAAGGCCAAAAGUCAAUUUCCAUUCAUUAGAAAAAAUCUCUCACUGUGCAGCAUUAAUUUAUAAGUACCUAAAAACUUUUAUUAACAUCAGCCACGGCAAUUAUACAGACGUUUUUGCAUUAAAAUUUGAAAAAGAAGAAAAAAAGCUUCCCAAACUGAAAAAAAAAUUGACAACUUUGAGCAACACCCCAAGGAUUUGGAAGCCAAGGCUAAAAGAAAGAGGAAGUCAUUUACCGUUCAAAGAGGUAUGAAUUAAUUAGUUAUAUGGCUUUUUCUUUUGAAGAAUAUAUGGUGCCUCAUCCUGUAGGGAUUUUUGAAGAUAGGUUUGCGUCAGAGCUAGAUCAUUAUGAUAAAAAGUUUGGCAGAAGAAGCUUGGAUCUUGAUGAAAAUAUAAAAAAGAAAGAAAUUAAGCUGAAAAAUCUUAUAUAAUUUAUAGUAAAUAGAGCCUUUUAUAAUAUAAAUGUUUUCUUAUUGCAAAUAGUAAUAGAAUUAAACAUUUUAUGUAGAGAAAUAAAAUCAUUAUAAAUUUAAAUAUGAAAAUUGAUAAAUUAGUGGAUCGAACACUAAAUAAAUCAAUUGCUGUAGAAGUUUCUAAAGAAGAAGCCGAAUUUAUAAUGGAUGAGCAGGAUCUAGAGGAUCAGCCUAUUAAUAAACUUAUGGGGCUUGUACAAGUAUUAGAAGAAAGUAGAAAAAAAAGAGAUUCACUUGCUGAGUAA